AUGGCUAGCACUCCUAGAGAAGAUACACAAAGCAAUAAUGUUGCUCCGACCGAUAAUGAAAUUGAAGUUGAGAGUAAUAUUAAUCCCACUUUGGAAACUCCACAAGCAAUGGAUAAUAAUGCCUCGAAUCCAGAAGGAUCAACUCCUGUUGAAGGUGACAAUAAGGCUAAUGUUAAGAGUGCUUAUUGGGAGUAUUUUGAUCGUUUGAAAGUUGAAGGUGAAUGGAAGGCAAAAUGCAAAUUUUGCAAGAGUGUGCUUAAUGCAAAUCCGAAGAAUGGUACCAAGUCACUGAGAAAUCAUGUGGACCGAUAUUGUAAGAGAAUAAAAGUGGCGACCUCAAGGCAAUCAUCAAUUGUUGAAUCUCUAGCAAACAAGCACAAGUGCAAAAAGUAA